UAGGGAAAAAGGGCAUUUUGAAUUUGAUUAUAUAUUUUAAAGUAGAAAAAAGAGUUCAAAUUGCAAAAAAGAAAAAAUCUACAACGACUUGUCGUUUACUUCCUUGCCUGGUUGACAUAUUUAACAGCUAUUUCCUUUGCUUACCUCCAUAGCCAAAUGGGGGCAUGGUCUUCACUUCUCGCCUCGAUCAUGGACGCAAACUCCUCCAAACUCUUUCUCUACGCCUCAUUAAACCACUUUCUACGGUUACUACACCCUUCAUUCCACAAAAUCAUGCCACCCAAACUCUUCCCAACUUAAAGCCCCUCAACUCCAAGAUCUCGGGCUACAUGCGUCGUGGCUUGGUUGACGAAGCCCAGAAGUUGUUCGACGAAAUGCUUCAACGAAACACUGUCACUUGGAAUGCCAUGAUCCGUGGUUAUUUUCUCAAUGGUCAUGUUGAGAAUGCCCUCAACUUGUUUGAUCAAAUGCCCGUGAGAGAUGUUGUCUCGUAUAACACGGUGAUUGCAGGGUUGAUGCAAUGUGGGAAUGUUGAUGGUGCGAGGAGAGUCUUUGAUGGGAUGGGAUAUAAAGAUGUUGUUACUUGGAAUUCGAUGGCUUCUGGGCAUUUCCGUAAUGGGUUCGUUUGUGAAGCUGUCGGAGUGUUCGAUGAAAUGCCUGUGAAAGAUGUGGUUUCUUGGAACUUGGUUGUUGGAGGGCUUGUAAAUUGUGGAGAGCUUGAGUUGGCCGAAGAAUAUUUUAGAAGAAUGACUACUCGGGAUGUUGUAUCCUGGACUAUAAUGGUUUCAGGUCUCGCGAGUGUUGGACGGAUCGUUGAAGCCCGGGAGCUCUUUGAGAAGAUGCCUUUGAGAGAUACCCAAGCUUGGAAUGCAAUGAUGGUUGGGUACAUCGAAAACGGGCACAUCGAAAUGGCUGAGAUUUUUUUUCAGAGAAUGCCCCAGAGAAAUUUUGAUUCUUGGAAUGAAUUGCUGAACGGGCUGGUGAAAGGUGGAAGACCUAACGAUGCCAUGAAACUUUUUAUGCAAAUGCCAGAAAAAUGUCACAAAACAUGGAAUUCAAUCUUGUUGGAGUUCACUAGAAAUGGCCUCAUUAGAGAAGCUCAUGCAUUUAUGGAAAAAAAACCUUACAGUGAUGUUGUGUCAAGGACAAAUAUCAUCUUAGGUUAUUUCCAAAUUGGAGACGUUAAUAGUGCUGUUAGUCUUUUUAACCUGAUGCCGAUUCGAGAUGUAACUGCAUACAAUGUAACCAUAUUUGGAUUAGGAGAAAAUGAUCACGGUGAAGAAGGCUUGAAGCUUUUCAUUAGAAUGAAAGAAUCAGGAAUGUUUCCAGAUGAAGCUACAUACACUAGCGUUUUGACAAUCUGUUCAGACUUGCCAGCAUUACAACUUGGUAUGCAAACUCAUGCCAUGGUGACAAAAACAGGAUUCAAUCAUUUCAUUGCUGUUGGUAACGCCAUUGUUACCAUGUAUGCUAGAUGUGGAAAUGUGAUUUUUGCUUUGAUGGAAUUCAAUUCCAUGGGAAGCCGCGACGUCAUCUCUUGGAAUUCCAUAAUCUGUGGCUUCGCUCACCAUGGUAAUGGAGAAAGUGCUUUGGAGAUGUUUCAAAAGAUGAGAUCAGAAGAUAUUGAACCCAACCACAUUACUUUUGUUGGUGUUCUAUCUGCUUGUAGCCAUGCAGGAAUGGUGGACCUGGGUAGACAUUACUUCCAAAUAAUGAGACAUGAGCAUUCUAUUCAGCCAACAAGUGAGCAUUAUACUUGCUUAGUUGAUUUAAUGGGGAGGUUUGGACUUAUUGAUGAGGCAAUGGGUUUUGUGCAUCAAAUGAGGGCAGAUGGAAUUGAAGUUCCGGCAAGCGUUUGGGGAGCAUUGCUCGGAGCUUGUAGAAUCCACAAGAACAUUGAGAUUGGCAAGCUUGCUGGGGAAAAGAUUUUAGAAAUAGAACCAGAAAAUUCUGGUGUGUACUUGAUUUUGUCAGAAAUGCACCUCAGUUGUGGACGAAGAAAAGAGGCUGAAACAUUCUGGAUUAGAAUGAAAGACACCGGAGUCAAGAAGCAGCCAGGGUGCAGCUGGGUCGAGGUAAACAAAGGUAGCCAUGCUUUUCUUUCAGGAGAUUGUUCGCACCCAGAGUUCAGUAGGAUUAGUUCUGUGUUAGAGUUACUUCAUAUGGAGAAGACUAAAAAUUCAAAGUCUGUUGCUGUUUCUCUGGAAAAAGUGUUAUUAGAAUAGAUGUUGUAGCAGAGAUUUUGCAACUUGCACUAUAGUCCAAAACAAGGAUCAAUGGAACGCAUGUAAUGAUCAUAUUCAUGAUUUUUUUUA